AAGCCGUUCGUAGUUGGUGAGCGGCUGCCGGUUGCUGUCUCUUUGCCGAGGCCUGUGAGGUUUGACCCGGUGUCCCCAGCAAAGUGACACUGAGCCGGCCGGUGCUGUGACAUGGGAGGCAGCGGCAGCACACGGAGGGUCUCGUUCGAGGCGGAUGAGAAUGAUAAUAUCACCGUGGUGAAGGGCAUCCGGCUGUCUGAUAAUGUCAUCAGCCGUAUGAGAGAGCCGUCUUCCCCCGUUCCUAAAGCUCAGCCUUCACCUCUGCCUACUCAGCCAAAACCUCCUGUUAAUGAGUCGGUGUCUCCCAGUUAUGCAGUUAAUGAAGACGAGCUUAGAAGGAAGAUUGCAGAGGAGCUGGCUUUAGAACAAGCAAGAAGAGAAGCUGAGAAUAAGAAGAGGUUGGAACAAGGAAGAUUUUUGGUCCAUGAUGAAAUUGGAAAGGCCCUAGAACGGGAACGAGCUGCUUCAACAGAGCAACUUACUAGAUCUGUCCUGCGUGAAAAAGCUGCAACUGAGGAGGAACGCAUAAAAGCAAAGAGCUUUGCAAAGAAGUUGGAGGAGAAAGAGCGCGAAUUGAAGAAACAGGAUGAAUAUUACAAGGAUCAGCUGGCCAGACUGGAAGAAAGGAGUGCUCAGUUCUAUAAAGUUACCACUGAGGAAUACCAGAAGGCUGCUACAGGUGUAGAGGCUAAAUUCAAGAGAUAUGAAGCUCAUCCAAUUUGUGCUGACCUGCAGGCUAAAAUUCUCCAGUGCUAUCAGCAGAACCCACAGCAGUCUCUAAGUUGCUCAGCAUUGGCCAGUCAGUACCUGCAGUGUGUCAGCAAUGCCAAACAGACCCUGCUUGGAAGAGGAGGCUAGACCCCGUGUUCCUCAAGGCCAGCUACCCUGCAGUUUGUAUCUGGGAGCAUCUGUAUUUCUUUUAGAGAGGCCGCACUGUCAAACAGGAAGGAACCGCUGUCAUUUUACCUUAAAUAACACCAGUCGUUCAGCCCCUACAAUCCUUGUCUGCUGAAGGAACCUGUAAAUGCUAUAGUCCUGCAAUAAAGGUUUCUAUGCUCACAAGUAAAAUCUUCAUGCUAGAAAGAUUACAUAACUAUUACACUGUUUCAUUACAUAUACUGCUUACAAUCAUGUUUAAUUAAUAAACCAAUGUGUAGUCUCUUUGUUAAAAUGAUGUUGCUGAUGUCCCUUUAUUUAAGCAAAACUUGCAGCUUUCUCUCUUGUUGUAUACAACCAUCUGUGCCAUUUGCUUUUACAUCUGGAUUCCUGAUAAAAAUAAAUAAAUAUAUUUUCUGAAUGAGAUUAUAA